AUGUUAAAGCAAGCUGAUGUACAGCAACUACAAACAAAGCAUUCAACUACGACCACCAUCAUUCAUCGAAUCAUCGUCAAGUUGCCCAUUCCACCGCCAGUCUCUUUUCGCAAAAGAAUGUCUGGUUCCUACGUCAAAGGCUACGGGAUAGACUGGGACAAGAUCAAAAACUUGCUGGGAAUCGACAACGAUCAAGAUCCAAGAAUUGGCUGGCGGCGCCUCACCGACGGCGAGAAAUUCAAUGUCAUCUCCUUUGGGGAGGAAGCAUUUGGCGAUGAUUUGGACAAGUUGAGGAAGAAAGACAUUCCUGUUCCGGAAUACCUGCGCAGGUUGGAGUCUCUGCUGUCGGGUCCUGAUGUGUUUGAGUUUGUAGAAUGGUGA